UCAAAAAUUGUUAUUCCGAAUUCAAAAGUAACCGCCAACAUUCGUACUGUUGUAGUCGAUAAUGCCGAUAAUGGUCGAGGCGAACAUAUCGAUAACCGGCAAAUGCACAUCUAAUUGGAGUACAAAAUAACGCCUCCUGAUAUCGAUACGCUAUCACAAACAAGAAAAUAGAAUAAAAACAAAAUCGUUUAAAAAUCGUAAAGAUAGAAAGUUAAAUACGACAGGCAGAUAAUUGCAAAGACAAUAGGUGCGCGUUGGUCAAAAUAGAAUAACAAUUGCGUGGCGUGGUUACAAGAGUGCGAGCGAGAGGGCCGAUGCGGUAGUGGCCAAAUCCAAUUGGAUUUUCGUUUUGCAGGCAAAAAACGCUUUGUUGGUGGACACCGCUUGCUCCGUGGGACAAGGAUAACGACAACGAUGGCCAGCGAGCCGGAGAACAAGCCACCCAUCCUGCACAUCCUCGUGGUGGGCUUCCACCACAAGCUGGGCUGCCAGGUGGAGUUCUCGCAUCCGCCGCUAAUCUCGGGCUCCACGGGACGCCACGAAUGCCCUUCCGGCUGGAAGUACCUGCCCACUCUGGCACUGCCCGACGGCUCGCAUAACUUUGCCGAGGACACCGUGUUCUUCAACCUGCCCAGUUUGUAUGAGCCGGCCGCGAGUAUCUACGGCGUGUCCUGCUAUCGCCAGAUACGCGUGGAGAAGCUCAAGAUCCGGACGGCGGACCUCACGCGCAGCACCGUUCAGAAGUCCGUGUGCAUAUUGGCCCGCCUGCCCAUCUACGGGUACAUCGAGGUGAAGCUAGCCCUCAUUGCCGAUGCAUUCUUCGACCAGGGCGACUUCUCCGGCACGGAACUGCUGGUCAAGGCGUAUCAGCAGCUAAAUGCCUGCCUACAGGACGACGAAUCCCGCCGCCCGUUGCGCCACUUUCACGUGGGCCUGUCCCUGCGCGAGAUCGUACUCCACUGGCGCCACAAGACGCUGAUGCUCUUCAAACUAAUGCUGCUGCAGCGACGAGUGGUGUGCUUCGGUUCGCCAGUGCGCCAAAUGUGCGUACUGAUCCUGGGCAUGGCAUCGCUGGUGCCGCGGCUGCUGGAGAAGGGCUUCCAGGAGGUGGCCUGUGUGCGCACAUCCCGCCCACUGUCGCCCAUGCCGGAUUUCACCGACUCGCUGCAGCGGGAGGCGCAGGCGGAAGCCGAAGCGGAACUGGAGGCAGUGGCUUCCGUUGCCGCUGGCUCCGAUGAGCAGAAACUCACGCCCGAGAGCGCCACAGCGGUGGAGGGCGAGGCCGAGGAGCUGGCCCUCGUCUCAUCGGCAGCCUCUGCAGGCGAGGAGCAGGCCAGUGGCGAUGACACGUCGACGCGUUCCACACCCAACUCACAGUCGCAGGACUCCUCGAACGGCAGGAACAGCUCGCUGACCAGAGAGGCCAGCGUGGACACACUGGCGUCUAACCUUGCCGCCUUGUGCGCUGUGAAUCCGGAUGAGUAUCGGGCACCGGUUAGCAUCUUCGCCAGCGGCAAUCUCUGCCUGCCGUAUCUGUCGCUACCGUACAUGGACCUGCUCAGCGACCCCAUGGUGCUCUCCUAUGUCAUCGGCACCUCCAACGUUCUCUUCCAGCAGAAACGUCAGCUGGCUGACGUCCUGGUGGACAUAGAGGCGGCCAAUCUGGAUGCCCACGAUCCGGAGCUUAGGCGCCAGCUGGUGCUGAGCACCGAGGAUCUGCGCUACAUGGACUACAUCAUGAAGCACGUGCAGUCGCCGAAGGAGGAUGCGGAGGGCAGCGAGUACUGGAUUCGGGAGCAGUUUCAGGGCUACAUCCUGGCUCUCUUGCGAACUGCUGUGGCUCCAGAUGCCAUGCCCAAGGACAACGAUCAUUUCAAUGCGCAUUUCAUGGGCGCCUUCAAGCGCACCCAGUGCUUUCAGGAAUGGUACGACGUUAGGCCCGAGCCCGAGUUCUUUGAAGCCCUGCCCGCUGGUCAUCCCUUUGCCGGCACUUUGUCCGUGGCGGACAUGAAACUAAAACUAGCACAAACCAUGCAAAAUAGCGAGAGUGGGCGAAAAAUCAACCAGGCGGUGAACACGACGAGUCGUGCGGUGGGCGGUGCCAUAUCCCAAGCGAAGGGCGCCUUCUCCAGCUGGUGGUCAUCCAUCACGACGGCACCGCCCAAUGCAAACGCAGCGCCCACGACCAGCGCCAAUGGCCAGGAAGGGGAUGUGAGCGAAGGAGCCGCAGCCCAAGAGAUCUCAGUUACAUUCCAGAAUCACAAGGACGCCGAGGACCUUGACAUGGCGGGUGUCAGCAUCCACCUGGCUGGCCAGGAAGAAGCACCCGAGUCGCAUGAGUCACAGAGCGCCAGCUGCGACAAGCCGCAGGGCAUCGUUGAGAUCGGCCGCGAGGCGGAGCUGUUAGACAAAGCCGAUCAGUCGGAGGAGCCCAAGAUCUCGGCUGCAAGUCAAGCCGGUCGGCCAGGAUGCGGCGGCGAUGUGGCCACCUCGGCCGUGGAGCGCAGCAGUGGCGAUGUCUUCAUUGUCUGAGGACGUAAGCACUAUCGGGCAUUGUAUAAAAUUGAACUAAGCUAAAUGAUAAUUAUUUAUUACGCAACAUAUUGUCUCAUUCUCGAUGUUGAAUUUAUAACUACUACUCGAACUUCCCUAUUUUUUUCUACACCCAUAUUCUCUAGUUGGUUGACUUGUGGUACAAAAAACUUAGGAAUUAUGAUCGAGGGACAAUAUUACUACUACUACUACUAUCACAACUAUAACUACUCACAUGUAAACCGGGAGCCAACGAUUUGUUAAACAAAAUAUUGAAAUCAAGACGUUAAACUUGUAAUAAAAUAAAAUGACAAAUUAUUAGUUAUACAACUAUAUGUUAACAAAUACGAAAGGUGCGCACAAAUGAAAUAAUAUGCACAUAUAAUUCAAUCAUUUUGUGUAUAUGUUUCUUUUCCUAUAAAUGCAUACAUUUGUUACCGUCCCCUGCAACUUUUUGUGACACAAGUCAAUCGCACUCUAACCUACACAAAAUUGGCCAAAAGAUAAUAUAAUUUAAUAUUUAUAGAUGCCUACGUUUAAGUUACCCUUGCCGUAUUCACCCACCACUCAGUGUAUAUGUAUAACCAUGUAAAGCUAAACCGUUCCAAGUGCAAUUUGUAAUCCAAAAAUGGCAGCGGAGAUCCGUAAUGGAAUCCGCAAUACGUGUGGCAAUAAAAAACUAAGGAAAUCUGA